AUGAGGUUGCUUUCAAUGAGGCUAUCAUCGAGGAAAGAGAACAGGGAAUACAAGAUCCAGCAGCAAAUUGGUGAAGUGAAUGAGAUUUUUAAAGAUCUUGCUAUACUGGUUCGUGAGCAAGGAACCAUGAUUGAUGACAUUGGCUCCAAUGUUGAGAGUGCUCACGCUGCUACUGGGCAGGCAAAGUCCCAUCUAAUGAAGGCGUCAAAGACCCAAAGAUCGAAUUUAUCUCUGACUUGCUUGCUCUUGGUAAUAUUUGGAAUUGAGCUUUUCAUUGUGAAAGUAGUACCUGCAGCUUAA